GGCGCUGGUAGGGCAGGCUGGGCGCACCGGGAAGGUUGGAUGCCGCAGGCGCCCGCGGACCAGGCUGGACUGCUUGGGGGACUCAGGAUGAGGACGCGCUGGGCGACCCCUCGCCGCGCGGCGGAGCUCCUCGUGCUGCUCCUCCCAUGCUUAGGAUUGGCGGAGGCCUCUGUCCGCGCAGGUAAUGACCCAUUCACCAUCGUCAAUGAGAAUACGGGCAAGUGCAUCAAGCCGCUGAAUGACUGGAUAGUGGCACAGGACUGUGACGACACCGAGGACAUGUUAUGGAAGUGGGUGUCCCAGCAUCGGCUCUUUCAUUUGCAAUCCCAGAAGUGCCUUGGCCUGGAUAUUACCAAACCCACAGACUCCUUGAGAAUGUUCAGCUGUAACUCUGAUGCCAUGCUAUGGUGGAAAUGUGACCACCACUCCCUGUAUGGAGCUGCACAGUCCCGGUUGGUUCUGAAGGAUGGACACGCCGUAACAAGUACAAAUUCAUCUGAUUUCUGGAAGAAAGGAGGCUCGGAGGAAAACCUCUGUGCCCAGCCUUACCGGGAGAUAUAUACCAGAGAUGGGAACUCCUAUGGGAGACCUUGUGAAUUUCCAUUCUUGGUUGAUGGCACCUGGCAUCAUGAGUGCAUCCUUGAUGAAGGUCACAAUGAGACAUGGUGUGCAACUACCUUAGAUUAUACAUACGAUAAAAAGUGGGGCAUCUGCUUAACACCAGAAAAUGGCUGUAAAGAUAAUUGGGAAAAGAAUGAGCAGAUUGGAAGUUGCUACCAGUUUAAUACUCAGGCAGCUCUUUCUUGGAAAGAAGCUUAUGUUUCAUGUCAGAAUCAAGGAGCUGAGUUACUGAGCAUCAACAAUGCUGCUGAAUUAACUUAUCUUAAAGAAAAAGAAGGCAUUGCAAGAAUUUUCUGGAUUGGCUUAAAUCAGCUGUAUUCUUCUAGAGGCUGGGAAUGGUCUGACCAAAAGCCAUUAAACUUUCUCAACUGGGACCCAGAUAUGCCCAGCACACCUACCAUAGGUGGGUCAAGCUGUGCAACCAUGGAUGCCACGUCUGGUCUCUGGAAGAGUUUUUCCUGUGACGCUCAACUGUCCUACAUCUGCAAGAAACCAUUAAAUAACACAGUGGAGUUAACAGAUGUUUGGACAUAUUCAGAUACCCGCUGUGAUGCAAAGUGGCUGCCAAAUAAUGGGUUUUGCUAUCUGCUGGUAAAUGAACAUGAUUCCUGGGAUAACGCACAUAUGAAAUGCAAAGCCUACAGCGGUGACCUCAUCAGCAUUCAUUCUUUAGCAGAUGUGGAAGUGGUUGUGACAAAACUCCAUAAAGGGGAUGCCGAAGAAGCAACAUGGACAGGUCUGAAGAACAUAAAUACACCUGCCUUAUUUCAGUGGUCAGAUGGUACUGAAGUUACUCUAACAUAUUGGGAUGAGAAUGAGCCAAAAGUUGCCUACAAUAAGACUCCCAACUGUGUUUCCUAUUUAGGAAAGCUAGGUCAAUGGAAAGUCCAAUCAUGUGACGAGAAACUAAAAUAUGUAUGUAAGAAAAAGGGAGAAACAGUGAGUGAUGCGAAAUCUGAUAAGACGUGUCCUCCAAAUGAGGGCUGGAAGAGACAUGGAGAAAUCUGUUACAAGAUCUACGAGGACGAGGUCCCUUUUGGAACCAACUGCAAUCUGACCAUAACUAGCAGAUUUGAACAAGAAUACCUGAAUGAUAUGAUUAAAAAGUAUACUACAUCUCCAGGAAAAUACUUCUGGACUGGCCUGAGAGAUGUAGAUUCACUUGGAGAAUAUAGUUGGGCAAGUGUUGGUGGAGUAAAGCGGUCUGUAACCUUUUCCAACUGGAAUAUUUUUGAGCCAGGUUUUCCAGGCGGGUGCGUGGCUAUGACUACUGGAAAGGCUCUUGGGAAGUGGGAGGUAAAGGACUGCCGGAGCUUCCGAGCACUUUCAAUUUGCAAGAAAGUCAGCGGGCCUGUUGAGCCUGAAGAGGCACCUCCCAAGCCUGAAGACUCCUGUCCUGAAGGCUGGUAUAAUCCCCCCUCUGAUCUUUCUUGUUAUAAGCUAUUUCAUAUAGAAAGAAUUGUAAGAAAGAGGAACUGGGAAGAAGCCGAGAGAUUCUGUGAAGCCCUUGGAGGACACCUUCCAAGCUUCCAUCAUAUGGAUGAAAUAAAGGCAUUUCUUCACUUUUUAAUGGACCAGUUCAGUAACCCGCGUUGGCUGUGGGUAGGUUUGAACAAAAGAAGCCCUGACUUACAAGGAUCCUGGCAAUGGAGCGAUCGCACACCAGUGUCCACUAUGAUCAUGGAAAAUGAGUUUCAGCAGGAUUAUGAUAUCAGAGACUGUGCUGCUGUCAAGGUCAUGGAUAGGCAAUGGCGAAGAAGCUGGUAUUUCUAUGACCGAGAAUUUAUAUAUUUAAGGCCUUUUGCUUGUGACACAAAACUUGAAUGGGUGUGCCAGAUUCCAAAAGGGCGUCCUCUCAAAACACCAGACUGGUACAAUCCAGAGCGUGCUGGAAUUCACGGACCUCCAGUUGUAAUAGAAGGGAGUGAAUAUUGGUUUGUUGCUGAUCCUCACUUGAACUAUGAAGAAGCGGUCCUGUAUUGUGCUAGCAAUCACAGCUCUCUGGCUACUCUAACAUCCUUUGUGGGACUAAAAGCCAUCAAAAACAAAAUAGCAAAUAUAUCUGAUGAAGAGCAGAAGUGGUGGGUGAGAACUACUCAGCAGCCCAUAAUGGAUCAUUUUAUGUACUCACGACACCCAUGGCACCACUUUCCUUUAACCUUUGGAGAGGAAUGCCUGUACAUUUCUCCCAGGACUUGGCUUAGGGAUUUAAAUAAGCCAGCAGAUUGUAACACCAGGUUGCCCUUUAUCUGUGAAAAAUAUAAUGUAUCUUCAUUGGAAAAAUAUAGUCCAGAUUCUGCGGCGAAAAUACAAUGCUCUGGGGAUUGGAUUCCUUUUCAGAAUAAGUGUUUUCUAAAGAUCAAACCCAAGUCUGUCACAUUUUCUGAAGCAAGCGAGACUUGUCGCACUUACGGUGGCACCCUUCCUACAGUGUUGAACCAGAGAGAACAAGAUUUUAUUACAGUCUUGCUUCUGGAUAUGGAAGCUACUUUAUGGAUUGGUUUGCGCUGGACAGCCUAUGAAAGGAUCAACAAAUGGAUAGAUAACAGAGAGCUGACGUACAGUAACUUUCACCCAUUAUUGGUUGGUCGGAUGCUAAGAAUACCAACAAACAUUUUUGAUGAAGAGUCCCGCUACCACUGUGCUCUAAUGCUCAACCACCGGAAGUCACCUUUUACUGGAACAUGGAACUUUACUUCCUGCAGUGAACACCAUACUCUGUCUCUGUGUCAGAAAUACUCAGAAAUUGGAGGCAGACCGACCUUGAAGAAUACUUCAGAAACUGUAAAGCAUCUAAAUAAUCUGUACAAAAUAAUCUUGAAGACUCUGACCUGGUCCGACGCUCUAAGGGAGUGUGAGAAACAGAACAUGCGUCUGGUGAGCAUCACAGACCCUUACCAGCAGGCAUACCUAACUGUGCAGGCCGUUCUUCAUAACGCUUCCUUGUGGAUUGGACUCUCCAGUCAAGACGAUGAACUCAACUUUGGUUGGUCAGAUGGGAAGCAUCUUCAAUUCACUCGCUGGGCUGUAAAUAAUGCGCAACUUGAGGACUGUGUGUUAUUAGACACUGAUGGAUUCUGGAAAACAUCUGAUUGUGAUUCUAAUCAACCCGGUGCUAUUUGCUACUAUCCAGGAAAUGAGACUGAAAGAGAGGUCAAACCAGUUACCAGUGUCCGAUGUCCAUCUCCUGUUUUAAAUACUCCAUGGAUACCAUUUCAGAACUAUUGCUACAAUUUUAUGAUAGCAAAGAAUGUAUAUAUGACAGCAGCACAAAAUGAUGUUCAUUCUAGGUGCAAGAAUCUGAAUCCAAAAUCACAUAUUCUAAGUAUUCGAGAUGAAAAAGAGAAUAACUUUGUCCUUGAGCAACUCCUGCACCUCAAUUAUAUGGCUUCAUGGGUCAUGUUAGGUAUCAUUUAUGAAAAUAAUUCUCUCAUGUGGUCUGAUAAAACUUCGCUGUCAUAUACACACUGGAGAACAGGAAGACCAGAUGUAAAAAAUGGCCAGUUUUUUGCUGGUUUGAGUACCGAUGGUUUCUGGGAUAUUCAAACCUUUAAUGUCAUUGAAGAAAUACAUUACUUUCAUCAGCACAGCAUCCUUGUUUGUAAAAUUGAAAUGGUUGACUACAAGGAAGAAUUUAAUACUACUCUGCCACAGUUUAUUCCAUAUGAAGAUGGUAUUUAUAAUGUUAUUCAAAAAAAAGUUACAUGGUAUGAAGCAUUGAACAUGUGUUCUCAAAGUGGAGGUCAUUUGGCAAGUGUUCAUGAUCAAAAUGGCCAGGUCUUUCUGGAAGAUAUUGUAAAGCGUGAUGGAUUUCCACUAUGGGUUGGGCUCUCAAGUCAUGAUGGAAGUGAAUCAAAUUUUGAAUGGUCUGAUGGCAGUGCAUUUGACUAUACCCCAUGGAAAGAAAAAAUAUCUGCUGGAAAUUGUGUUCUUUUGGAUCCAAAAGGAACCUGGAAACAUGACAAAUGCAAGUCUGUUAACGAUGGUGCUAUUUGUUAUAAACCUACAAAAUCUAAAGAGAGGUCUUCUCAGACGCUUGGACCCUCAUCGAGAUGUCCAGCAGCAAAGGGGAACGAAUCACAGUGGAUCCAGUACAAGGGCAACUGUUAUACGGCUAACCAGGCGUUGCGUAGUUUCUCAGAAGCCAAACGGUUUUGUUCAGAAGCUGAUCAUUCUGCAAUAAUUGUAACCAUAGAGGAUGAAGAUGAGAAUGAAUUUGUGAGCAGACUGAUGAGGGAACAUAAUAAUAUUACCACGAGAGUUUGGCUUGGGUUAUCUCAACAGGUUGCUGAUCAGACUUGGAAUUGGUUAGAUGGAUCAAAAGUGACAUUUGCCAAAUGGGCAAAUAAACGUAAGAGGGAUGGUGGAAGAUGUAGCAUUUUGUUAGCUUCCAAUGAAACGUGGAUACAAGUGGAAUGUUCACGUGGCUAUGGAAGAGUUAUCUGCAAAGUACCUCUGGACUGUCCUUCAUCCACCUGGGUUCAGUUCCAAGACAGUUGUUACCUUUUUCUUCAAGAAACUAUCAAAGUAGAAAGCAUAGAGGAUGUCAGAAGUCAGUGUACUAACCAUGGAGCGGACAUGAUAAGCAUACAUAAUGAAGAAGAAAAUACUUUUAUACUGGAUACUUUGAAAAAGCAAUGGAAAGGUCCAGAUGAUAUCCUACUAGGCAUGUUUUUUGACACGGAUGAUGAGCGUUUCAAGUGGUUUGAUAAGUCAAACAUGACAUUUGAUAAGUGGGCAGACCAAGAUGGUGAGGAAGAUCUAGUUGACACCUGUGCCUUUCUGCACACCAUCACUGGCGAAUGGAAAAAGGGAAAUUGUGAAGUUCCUUCUGUGCAAGGAACCCUUUGUAAAGCAGCUAUCCCAUAUGAAAAGAAGUAUUUAUCAGAUAACCACAUUUUAAUAUCAACUUUGGUGAUUGCUAGCACAGUAAUUUUGACAGUUCUGGGAGCAAUUGUUUGGUUCCUGUACAAAAGAAAUUUGGAUUCUGGUUUCACCACAGUUUUUUCAGCUGCAUCCCGAUCACCUUAUAAUGAUGACUGUGUUUUGGUAGUUGCUGAAGAAAAUGAACAUGCUGGUCAGUUUGACUGAAGUUUUGGAAAUCUCGGAUUAAGACAUCAAAUAUACUGACAGAUUCCUGUGCAAGAUUUUAAUAUAUAACUUGACAAUGAAAAUUAGAAUUAUGGUAAAUUUCCUUAUUUCAGUAUCAUUCCUUCUCAUGUAAUAAAAAAUUAUCUUUGCGUUCAUUAUAAAAACAGUUUUUGAAAAGGAUGAUCUUAGAUGUUAGUGGUUUUAACCACAUCCCCAAAUGUUACCUUUCACUUGAAUGAGGGAGAAAGCUUAAAGCCCAAGCAGAUAAAAAUAAAAACCCAGUCUACCUGUCUUACUUGCUCUAUCUUCCCUCACAUUUAGUUGAACCACCUUAUAGUUGGGGGGCGGAAAUUUCUACCUACCACAUAGUUUUAACAAUCACUAGGUAUUUAGCAAUUUAUUAGUAAACAUGAUACAAGGAAUAAACCUGACUUUUAAAUAGAUUCUAUACAUUUAGAUAUUACUUAUACUAGUUACUCUGGCAGACAAUUCCUGUAAUGUUUUUAUCUUCCUUUAUGAUUUAGAGGUAGAAAUUUUACAGAUUUUAGCACCUCGUAUUCCAUAUAAUUCACAUAACUUCACAAAUUUGAUUACUUUUGGGAACACCAUUUUGGACAACAAACAGUUAUUUAGCACUGACCACAAAUGGUUAGAAUUUUAAUAAAAAAUUAUACAUUUUUUGAAAAAAAAACUACAGCCAUGCCAGGAAGUUGGGAAGGCUGACAAUAGGGUAAUAGUUUUAUAACAGUGCCCCUUUAAAGAUUUUUCUCCUGUCACCAUACCUAUUCCUAUAUGAGGUAUCUCAUGCUCCCCAAGCACUAAUAACUUUUAUCAUUCAAUGACAUAAAAACUAUGCAAGCAAAAACUGCAGAAAAACACUUGUGUUCUAUUGUAGUGAUGAUCCUCAAAGUUUUCAGUACAUUUAUUGUAUAAUUGAAGACAAAGGUGAAAAUAAUCAUUUGGGGGUAAAAAAUGAAAAUGGAAGAAAGCUGCAACAAGUUACUUUCUUUAGCCUUUACAGUUUAAAAACAGUAUUAGAAAAGCUAAAGACUGUAUCGAAUUCACAUAAAAUUACUGAGAAACUUCAAAGCUCUGGAAAGUAACUCCCUCUGCCUAACCCAUAUCCCAUCAAUGGUCUUAUGGAGAAUACUUCUCUUACCUGGAAGUACACUAUCUCUCAAGUUAACCGAAGGCAAAAAGUCCCAGCUUGUGUCAUGUUACCCUUGGCCACCCGAAUCAAAAAAAAAUCCCUCCUCAUAAUUAAUGGCACUACUCUUAAUAAGACAUAAAUAACUACAAAGUGAUGACAGAAGUCUAUACAGUGUGGCUAUCUGGUACUAAAAAAAACCAAAAACGUCACAUCAGCUAUAUUAUACAAUUAUGCGCUUAAGGGCUUCAAAUUUCUAGACUUUUAUGUAGUGGUGAUUUAGAUGUCUACUUUUAUUAUUGAUAGGCUAUUAAUAGUGGCACUAAUAGUGAAUAUUAGACUGGAAUUCCUUCUUGCUUUUCCUAUUCAAAUUCUACCAGUCCUUUAAGAACUAAGGAUGAUCUAUUGGGUUGUCGGGAAAGUCAUGACACAUUUUUGCACUGAAAAACAUAGAAAAAUACAUCAUGACUUUCUCAACGACCCAAUAUCUUCCUCAAAAUUGUCCAAUACAAUAGCCACUAGCCACAUAUGGCUAUUUAAAUAAAAUAAAAUAUAACUUAAAGUUCAAUUCCUCGAUUUUAUUAGCCACAUUUCAGGUGCUCAAAAUCACAUGCAGUUAAUAGCUACCAUAUUGGGCAAUGCAAAGUAUACAAUAUUCCCAUUUUCACAGAAAGUUUUACUGACCACUGCUGCUCUAGAAUCCCCCCUUCCAUGCAACUCACAUACAACUGAUUUUCUUUUGUUCAUUUUGAUAACUUUUACCUAAUGGCAGCUGUUGCAAAAUGGCUCUUAAAAACUGAUAAUUUUCAUGUCUGAUUUCAUUUUUCAAGCAAGUCCUAGAGGCCCCUGGUAAUGAAGUGCUAAACCUUUAUGUAUCGGAACAUCUGUAAACAGGCCCUUGUAUCUAUUCGGUGGUCAACAAAUGGCAGGAUCAUUCAAGUCUGUAUUUUUAAUAUUAACAAAUAACAUGCAUACUUCUUUACAUUCAGAAUGUAUAAUUUGCUUUCUUUAACAUCUUGGUUCUAGCUAAAAAUGACUGUAUAAAUUCUUAUGUGUGGCAGAUAUCUAGAGAAUAACAUUCCUUUUAAAUAACA